UAUGUUAGUCAUUCAUUUGUUGUCUUUAAAUUUAUGUCAUUACUAUGUCAUUCUUUAUGUACUAAACUAUAACAAAAUCAAUUUUAUUUAUUUAAAUGAAUUAGUUUCAAAGUUUCAGUCACGAGUGUUUCAUCUGUUUGUUUAUUGAUGGUUGGCAACAUGAAUACACUGAAACCAAACUGGUUCUCAGAGACUUGUGACAUGUGGCCAGGUGCCACCUUUUCAUUUGAAGUUAAGGAAUUGCUGCACGAAGAAAAGUCACCGUACCAACAGAUCCAUGUGUUUGACACCACGCACCUUGGCAAAGUGUUGGUCCUGGAUGGAAUCAUACAAUGCACCCAAAAAGAUGAAUUCUCAUAUCAGGAAAUGAUAUCAUUCCUGCCUCUGUGCUGCCACAAAAACCCUGAGAAGGUGCUCAUAGUCGGAGGCGGCGAUGGCGGCGUCGCCAGGGAGGUCGCAAAGCAUCCCAAGGUCAAAGAGAUCGUCCAGGUAGAAAUCGACGCAAAAGUUAUAGAGGUUUCAAAGAAGUACUUACCUUUUAUGGCAGUUGGUUUCGAGAGCGAAAAGCUCACACUUCACGUAGGCGACGGAUUUGAGUUUCUGAAAAAUCAUACAGCAGAAUUCGACGUGAUAAUCACAGACAGCAGUGACCCCAUCGGGCCGGCUGUCCACCUCUUUGAAGAGAACUACUUUACGCUUAUGAAAAAGGCGCUAAAACCGGGCGGUAUUGUCUGCUCGCAAGCCGGUACGGUUUGGAACGAUCUGGACUUAGUGACAAGUACUCUGAGGUACUGUAAGAAUCAAUUUGCAGUAGCGGCGUACGCAUACGCCUCAGUUCCCACCUACCCAUCCGGUCAGAUAGGAUUCGUUGUGGGUUCCUUGGAUAAGGAUGCAAAAUUGGACACCCCGCUAUUAGUGUUCUCGAGGGAGGACGAGAAAGCCAUGAAUUUAAGGUAUUACAAUAGCGAAGUACAUAAAGCUGCAUUUACUUUACCGACAUUCGUCAAGUAUCAGCUGGCCUGAUUGAUGUUUGUCCUUUACACUGUACUUAAGUGUGCAUUUUAUUAUUUUGUUACAGUUCACAUGAAACCCUUAGGGCGUCCAACUGUGGACAUAAUUGGGCUGUACAUAUAGAUAAUUUGAGAGAGUAACUAGUCAGUCUCAAACUCACUAUUUACUAAACGACAUUCACUUAACUUUAUCUCCAAAAUUAGAGAAUAAAAGCACUCUAAUUUGACAGACAAAAUGUCAUGUCAUUUUCGUACAUUAUCUGAAACAGCAAUUUACUAUUAUUAUCAUUUUCUACAAGAAUGUUUUUUAUUUCAUUGUUUCUUAAACUCUUUGUCUCAACUUUACUGAUAGAAGCACCAUUAAACUUGUAGUUUAUCCGAGAGAAAAUCCAAAUUACAUGGUCAACGUUAAAUGCCCCAAGGGUUUUCCAGAAUCUCAAGGAACACUAUCUGUGCCUUUAUAAUAAGAUGCGAUAUUAUAUCAAAUACAUUCCAAUUUUUAAUAUCUCAUAGUGAGGUAAUUUUAUAUUAUUAAAUAGACUGAUUUUACAGGAUAUUACGUUGUUGAAUAAAACACUGAUCGUCCCCUUGCGAUGUUUAUAAUAAAUAUACCAAUAUAGUUUUGAAUCUCUCGUCCUUUAUCAAUUUCUGUAAGAUACUUAUAUGUAAAUGUUGAUGAUAGAAUAUACAUAUUGUAAUGUUUUUCGUUAUGCUAGUUAAAAUUUAUAUGAAAUAUUUUUGACAUAGGGUUUAUUGAAUACUACCCUCUGUUAGUAAUAGAUUUUAUGUAUAAUCCAAUAUGUGCCUUUCGUUUAACUUCAUCGCUUUUUUUUUAUAUUGAAAUGUACAAAUAAAAUCAUUUAUAAAUCGAAUACGAAUAUUGACGAGUCUAUGGUCAAUUUUUUUUUUAAAUAUUAUUUAUUAUAUAAUAAAAAUAUUUGCUCAUUAUUGUAAUAUGAUGUAAUUCCAUAUUUUUGUACAAGAUUUAUUUUUUAAGACGUUGAAUCGGGAACAAUAAAUUUAUAUUUUAUUA